UCGAGCCAGAAACGUGGUUUGUUGGAAGCAGCCGGAGAAGGUAGACGUUGCUCUGUAACUUGUGUAAAUUUGUGAAAGAAAAAUAAUUGUUAAAAAAAAAGAAAAUCUAAAAAGAACAGUUUAAGUACACAAUUUAUAAACGAAAUACGAUGGAAAAUCAAAGCAACGAAGCUCCCGUUGCCGCUGCCGCCGCCGCGGAGGUAUCAUCGACAACUCAGCCCGCAGAGCCGACAAAGCGCUCGCUGCGCGUUCAAACUUGGAAGAAAAUCCAGGAGGGCAAAGUUGGAAUCGGCUUCAAUGGCAUAUUCAACCGUAUUCCUGCGUUCGUUGAUGCCGAUAAGGCCGCUGCAUUGCUCAUUCAGGAGGAGGAGUUCAAGAAAGCACAGCACAUCAAAGUGAACAUUGAUCGCGCCUUGCAUGACUUUAAGGAACAGUCAAUGCUGGCCAAUAAAUCUGUAUAUUUGCCCAGCACACGGGACUCGCCCGCGCUUUGCCUUAAAGUCGAUGUGCCGGCCGAUGCCACCGAUGAGCAAAAAAAAGAAGCAUUGCGCGUCCAGGAUAUACAGAAGUUCCGUUCGGAAAUUGGUCUGGAUAGCGAUUUGAAGCUUGAUUUGGUUGUCAUUGGUUCGGUGGUGGUAUCACGUGAUGGCUAUCGCAUUGGACGUGGCAACGGUUUUGCCGAUUUGGACAUUGGCUUGCUCAUUGAGCUGGGCGUCAUAACGCCGGAAACGGCCAUUGUAACAAUUGUGCACGAUGUGCAGGUCGUUGACACGCUGCCCGUUAACUUGUUCCAAAAAUACGAUACGCCAGUGGACAUUAUUGUAACACCCACCGAGGUGAUACGUGUGGCUAAGCGUUUGCCGCGUCCAAAUGGUGUUUUCUGGGAACUUUUGUCCGAGCGUCGCUUGAAGAUUUUGCCUGUGCUGCAGCAACUUAAGGAGCAGCUGGAGAAAGCGGGUAAGAAGAUAACCCUGAAGGAGGAGGAUACCGAUGUUGAGCAGCAUCAGAACAGUAGACGCCGUCGUGGACCGUUGCGUCGUCGCUUCCAACGAGGAAACCCAGGACGCACCACCUCACAGACUGACAACGAACAACAAGGCGAUAAUGCGCAGAAGCGCACACCACGCCGCAAGGGUCGUUUCAUCAACCGUCGCAGACGCACAAACAAGUCUGAGGGUGAUCAGUCUGGAGUUGAGGUUGGUGUUAAGAGUGAAGAUCGUAAAUUUGAUGAGGGUGGUGCGGGUGAACGUCGCCCGAAGAAGAAGAAUCGCCCGCAUCGUGAUUUCUGUGUUAAAUUGACAAACCUGACACGCGACAUUCGCGUCAAGGACCUGAAGUCCGAGCUGCGUAAGCGCGAAUGUAAUCCAUUGUCGAUUACAUGGAAGGGUCAUUUUGGAAAGUGUUUCUUGCACUUUGGUAAUCGUAACGGCGCUCCAAGCACCCAGGAUGAUGUUGACAAGGUGCUCAAGUCGCUGAACGAUCUCUCGCUGACCAUUACCACCGGUGGUGGCGACUCAGCACCAGCUGCUGGAGCCGCAGAAGAGCCGCCAGUUGAAAAUGUGAAUGCACCAGUGCAAACGAAAACCAUUAAUGUCAACGUAGAGUUACUUAACUUUGGCGCCAAAAAGAAUGCCGGUGGCAAUACCAGCGCUGGCGAGGGUGGCAAUACUAAUGUGAAUGGCGAGGGCGGCAAUGCCGCUGCCGGUGAAGGAGCCGCUUCACGUAUUGAGUCUGUGGACACAACCACAGUAUAGUAUGAUCAUGUUGGUAGUUCUGCCACAAAACGGCCAAGGCGGAUGUCCGCCGCCAGCGCCACGUGUGGAGUUCAACGAAAAAGAGUAACAUUUUGUUUAGACGCAACAGAAAACUAACACAAAGAAAACAAACACAAACUGAAUUGAGCUCCAACAACACAAAGAACUCACACACAACACACAUACAAUCAAACUUAAAAAAAAAAAAAGAAAAAAAAAGAAAGGAAAACUCAUACCCACACAAUUUCACAUAAUUUUUCAGCUUGUAGUUUCUUCUUCUCAUUCUCUCUUUCUAACAACAUACAAACCAAGCGACAGAAAAAUUUCGUUUUUCCAACAGAAAAAUCUGAAGCUUUUUUUAAACAAUUGCAUUUGUUUUUGCUAAAAAGAAAAACAAAAAAAAAUUCGUUAAAUGAAAUGAAAAAACAAAAAUUAUAUUUAUGGAAUACUCGUUCUACAUUUGCAAGUGGAUCAUCAUUUCAAGCUAGGUUAUUAACCCUACUUCACUAACUUGUCCUUUCUCAACGACAAGACCGAAAAAAUAUGUUACAUAUUUUACGAUUUUCUAUACAUUUUUCUCCCAACCUUUGACACAUGGCCCCAACCAGCAGCUGAGUGCGCGCGUCCCCGAAAACAGUUGAUCUGCUAUCGUUGGGAGCACGCACAGUUUAUGGCUUGGGGAUCAGUGUAACAAAUGUUGAUUAUUCGUGAAUUCUAAAUAACCACAAAAACAAGAAAAAA